AUGAUGGUGCUCGCAGCCGCAGCGAGCGCACCGUCCCUCCAAGGUUGGAAACGCCAGAUCUCAGCUGUUACCUGCCAGCAUCCACAUUCAGUCCCACUCCCACGCACUGUGUUCAGAGUAUCUGCAACAAAGAAUAAUGAGAGGAAACGGAGACGCUCCCGGAAUCUGUCCAAAGGCCCAGCAUUAAUCGCCGAAGAAGCUUCCCCGAGCAACGGCGAAAACCCCACCACCAUCCUUGAUCUCAAUGUCGAUGAUGAUGCUACUAGCGAUGAGAAAGCUGCGGGUGCCCCAAGGAGUGCUGUUCUUCAGUCUUGCACCCUCACAUCCGGCUUGCUGCUUGCAUUAGGUCUCCUUCUUCGUGAGGCAUCACACGUUGCAUCUUCAAAUGGACUGCCGUUUGCUGACCCUACGGCCGUAUCAUUCAAUUUUGAAACCUGGCAUCUCGAGUUGGUCGCCGGACUAGUAAUAUUGAUAUCGUCUACCAGAUACAUUCUGCUACAGAUAUGGCCCGAUUUCAGAGAUUCCAGUGAAGCCGCAAAUACACAGAUCCUUACUUCCCUGGAGUCUCUGGAUUACAUUGUAGUUGCUUGUCUCCCUGGGAUAAGUGAAGAGUUCCUGUUUCGAGGGGCAUUGAUGCCAAUUUUUGGAUUGAAUUGGAUAAGUGCUCUAGCAACUGGUGUCUUUUUCGGUGUUCUUCACUUGGGAAAUGGCAGGAGAUAUUCAUUUGCAGUCUGGGCAACAUUUGUUGGCCUUGCCUAUGGUUUAGCAACCAUAGCUUCCUCAAGCAUCAUAGUCCCAAUGGCUUCUCACUCCAUAAACAAUAUUAUUGGAGGCUUACUUUGGCGCUUCAGGGACAGCUCAGAAAGAGAAAUGUAG